AUGGACUCGCAAGCACAAUCGUCGUCUGUUGUUGGCGGAUGCACGCGGAUUGUUCGGGUGCUAAUAGAGCACGUUGAUGCUGAAACGGGCGAUGUUGCAACGUUAGAAAAUGUAAUGCAUGGAUUUGAGGACGGUGAUCAUGUCACUUUUUCGGAGAUUAAAGGAAUGACCGAACUCAACGGUAUUGAACCGAUCAAAAUUACUGUAAAAAGUAAGUAUAUUUUCUCCCUAUAUGUAAAAAAUAAGUAA